AUCUUGAGGUUAUCAAAAUGUCUGGAUUAAGUAAUCUGAAACGUAUUGGUCCUGAAUUCUAUGGUUGUCACAGUGUUGUUAAUCAUGAUCAAUGUAACGAUGGCAUCAUCACUGGUAGCUAUAGUGGGGCAGUAACAACAGCAACAACAAAAGCUAUGGCCGUUGUAUUUCCGGCACUAAGAAAACUUCGUCUGGAAUAUAUGCCGAACAUAGAAGAAUGGUGUGGGCUUGGGGUAUCAUCAUCUUCCUCGGACACCACGAUGUUCUUUCCUCUGCUUGAGUUUGUACGCAUUAGGGAUUGCCCCGAGUUGACUACAAUUCCAGGUCACUUGUUAUCCUUGCAGGAAUUGAUUUGCGGUGAUCACCCAGAAACGCAUCGCCCUACACAGCGCCCUUACUUGAGAAUAGCAUCUAGGGGUUUGAAGAUGGGUGUUUUACUGGUAGAUUUCCUGGAAAAAAGCAGCAAAACCCUAAGAAAGAUGACAGUAAUUUCUUUGAAAGAGCUAUGUUAUUUACCAAAGGGGCUGUUUCAACAAACCCUUGUAACAUUAGAGAUAGAAUAUUGUCCGAAUUUAAUAAUUGCUGAUCCAGAUGAAUUAUGCAGCCUCCCAUCCCUUCAGAGCUUGUCGAUUUUAGGAUGUCCAAGAUUGGCGGGUUGGGGGGAGGCGAGGCUAUUUUGCCUGACCAGCCUUCAAACAUUGAAGAUAGGUUUCUUCUCAGAAGAGCUCGAAUAUUUCCCCUGGCCUUCCACCACCGUAAGUGCUGCAUCUGCAUCUGCUUCCAAAUAUCACCCAAACCCCAAACACUACCCCUUCAUCUCCUUGGUGUCUCUGACUCUACUUGGCUGGAAAAGGCUCAAGUAUCUGCCUGAUCAACUUCAGCACCUCACUACCUUGAGAGACUUGUCAAUUUCGCAGUUUCAUGGACUCGAAGCUCUGCCGGAGUGGCUGGGUAACAUUUCAUCUCUUCAUUCAUUGGAACUUCACAGAUGCGAUGCGAAUCUUCCCACCCAGGAAGCAAUGCAACGCCUCACCAAUUUACAAUCUUUGAAAAUAUAUAAUUGUCCCCUUCUAGAGGAAAGAUGCGCAAGGGGAAGCGGCCAAGAAUGGCACAAGAUUGCCCAUAUUCCAUCCAUCCACAUCAGGCCCUAUUAAAGAUCACGAGAUGAAUGAUGAAUCUUCCCCUACAAAUGAUGAAUAUUCUUCUUCAAGAUGAACCAUUAGAUAGUCUACUGCCAAUUAUGUAAUUUCCUUGUUAACUUCUCUCUCUCUCUCUCUCUCUCUAUCUCUAAAUUCAU